AUGGACUUUUCAUACGGACCACCACCUCCACCACCGUCCAGAAAUGGAAAUGGCAGGAAUUUAGGAAAUGUAAAUUCCAGAAACUCUACCUAUAAUACAAGCACAUUAUCAAACCGAGGAAAGAAUAAUCGAUAUCUGCCAUCAAACACCAAUAUGCCUUCACAAGCCAAUGGACAAUUCAACAACAAUAUAUCUCUUGCCGAUCUCCCUACACACUUACCAAAUUCUAUAACCACCGCUCCCACUAACCCAGAAGUACUACAAACACCACCGGCCAUGGUUGAGACUUCUGUAGCACAAAAUGAACCUACACCUUCAUCAUCUCCUACUUCACCACCUCCUCUUGCUUCUACUUCAAAAGAGCCUGAGCCAGUCGCAGAUAUCAUAAAUCCAGAACCUGAAGUUGAAUCUCAAUCUCAACCUCCAUCAGUGACUGAAGAUUCCACAAAUGCUAAAGAACCGGUCUGUAUACCAGGGACAAGUAUCACAUUAGAAACAGAGGAAGAUAUUCGAAAAUGGAUUGAAGAACGUAAGAAGAAAUGGCCAACUCGUAAGAAUCUUGAAGAGAAACUAAAGCAAGAAGAGGCCAAGAAAAAGGAGUCUGCGCAAUCGGAUACGAAUCUGAAUUUGAAUCCCAAUGGGAAAAGAGAAAUGACCUCUACUAAUGAGUCAAAUAAAAAACGUAGAGUUUGUCAUUUCUUUCAACAGAACAAAAAGUGUCGAUAUGGUGCCAAGUGUAAGAAUUCACAUGAAUUAGCCAACAAUUCCAACAAUUCUUCAUCCAAUACUCUUCCUACAUCUACUGCAUCGGUCGUUAAGACCAUAAACAACAUACAAGUGAACAUUCCACAACGGUUCAAGAGUGAGUUCUACAGCAAUGACCCCACUAAUGCCAACAAUAACAACAAAUCUCUUUUCAAGAUGCUUGUUCAAAAAGACCAUUAUGAAAACGACAAUGACACUAUUUUACAAUUUUUAGAGUACCUUGAUUCCAAAAAAUUGAUAGACCAUAACAUUGGUAAGUAA